CAGAUGACGUAGUCUGACGUUUUAAUAAGAGCUAUUUUUGAAUUCAGUGAGUAACGAUUUAAAAUUUAACUCAUCUGUCAAAUCUCGCGUAGGAAUAUUCGUAGGAACCGUUUCGUUCCUUCCCGCAAAAGAUCUGUCAGUUGAAUCAUCUUACAUGUGGUGUUCGCCGGUAUUUUUCUAGUAAAAUCGCGUAAUAUCGUAAAUAAGUUUAACUAAGAAGGUCACAAAUACAUACACGAUGCACCAAGAAGCUAUUCAACUUAUACAAGUAUUAGAAAAGACCAUAUCACCGGAUAAAAAUGAAUUGGAACAAGCUUCAACAUUCCUUGAACAAGCAGCAGCAACAAAUGUGUUAGGUUUUAUUAAAACAUUGUCGGAUAUUUUGAGACAUGGAGGUAAUAGCCCUGUCGCCCGAAUGGCUGCAGGUCUGCAGCUUAAAAAUCAUCUUACAUCCAAAGAUCCAAAUAUUAAAGUGCAAUAUCAACAAAGAUGGUUGUCUUUUCCUGAAGACAUCAGAUCAUACAUUAAGAAGAAUGUGGUCGGUGCAUUAGGAACAGAAACAAAUCGUCCUUCUUCAGCGGCUCAAUGUGUUGCAUAUAUAGCAGUUACUGAAUUGCCUCAGAGACAAUGGCCAGAUCUUAUUAGUACAUUAGUUAAUAAUAUACUGAAUGCAACAUCUGAAAUGCAGAAAGAAGCAACAUUGGAAACUAUCGGAUAUAUUUGUCAAGAAAUUGACUGUGACGUACUGGUAUCUCAAUCAAAUGAUAUUCUAACUGCUAUAGUACAUGGAAUGAGAGUGACAGAAACUAGUAGUCAUGUUCGAUUAGCUGCUACACAAGCUCUCCUCAAUUCGUUGGAAUUUACUAAAGCAAAUUUUGAACAACCCACUGAGAGGAACUAUAUCAUGGAAGUUGUUUGUGAAGCCACACAAUCAGCUGAUACUCAAAUUAAAGUCGCUGCUCUACAAUGUUUAGUAAAAAUUAUGUCACUCUACUACCAACACAUGGAGACAUAUAUGGCACCUGCUUUAUUUCCCAUAACUUUGGAAGCUAUGAAAUCAGAAAAUGAUGCUGUUGCUUUACAAGGAAUAGAAUUUUGGUCGAACGUAAGUGAUGAGGAAGUUGACUUAGCAAUUGAAGAUACUGAAGCUCAGGAAGCUGGCAGGCCACCUUCUAGAGUCUCGCGUCAUUAUGCAAAAGGAGCUUUACAGUUUAUUGUGCCGAUUUUAUUACAAAAAUUAACAAAACAGGAAGAACUUGAUGAUGAGGACGAUUGGAAUCCUAGUAAAGCAGCUGGAGUAUGUUUAAUGCUUUUAGCUACAUGUUGCGAGGAUGAGAUUGUUCCCCAUGUUUUGCCAUUCAUUAAAGAUAAUAUCAAGUCAGAUAAUUGGAGAUUUAGAGAUGCCUCUUUAAUGGCGUUUGGGUCAAUCCUUGGCGGACUAGAAAGUAAUACUCUAAAACCACUGGUUGAACAAGCUGUACCCACUCUAAUUGAGCUUAUGUAUGAUAGCAGCGUAAUGGUUCGCGAUACUGCAGCGUGGACAUUCGGUCGUAUAUGUGAAAUCAUACCUGAUGUGGCAAUAAACGAAACAUUCUUGAAACCACUCUUGGAAAGUUUAAUUACAGGACUGAAAGCUGAACCCCGAGUAGCUGCCAAUGUUUGCUGGGCUUUCUCAGGUCUGGCGGAGGCGGCGUAUGAAGCGGCAACCUGCGAUCUAGUUGGAGAAGAAACCACUCCCGAAACAUACUGUUUGUCACCAUUCUUCGAAUUUAUUGUUCAGAGAUUAUUAGAAGCUACUGAUAGGCCUGACGGAGCUCAAGCCAAUCUCCGACCUGCUGCAUACGAAGCUUUAAUGGAAAUGAUUAAAAAUUCGCCUAGGGAUUGCUAUGUAACUGUACAAAAAACUACUAUGGUUAUUUUGGAUAGACUGCAGCAGGUACUUCAGAUGGAAUCACAAAUCAGUAGUCACAGCGACCGUUCGCAGUUCAACGAUUUGCAAUCCUUGCUAUGUGGUACUUUGCAGUCAGUUUUGAGAAAGGUUACACCAGAGGACGCUCCUCAAAUUUCAGAUGCGGUCAUGACAGCUCUUUUGACCAUGUUCAAUUCUCAUAAAACUGGAGGUGUUCAAGAAGAUGCUAUUAUGGCUGUUUCUACUUUAACAGAGGUUUUAGGAGAUGGUUUCUUAAAAUACAUGGACGCUUUCAAGCCGAUUUUAUAUCUUGGCCUGAAAAAUCACCAAGAGUAUCAAGUUUGUGGCACUGCAGUGGGUCUUACUGGUGACAUCUUCAGGGCGUUAAAAAUUAAGGCCUUGCCUUAUUGCGAUGAGAUCAUGACACUUUUGUUAGAAAAUCUUGGGGAGCCUACCGUUCAUCGGAGUGUAAAGCCGCAGAUCCUCUCAGUUUUUGGUGAUAUUGCUCUGAGCAUAGGAACCGAAUUUAAAAAAUAUUUAGACAUAGUUUUAGCUACUCUAGCCCAAGCAUCCCAAGCGCAGGUAAAGGUUGAUCGUACCGACUACGAUAUGAUUGACUACCUAAAUGAAUUGAGAGAGGGCGUUCUAGAUGCUUACACUGGGCUCAUUCAAGGUUUAAAAGGCGACAGUAACACUCCUUCUGGCGACAUUUCCCUCUUAGAACCCCACAUACCGUUCAUUAUCCAGUUUAUCACAGUUGUUGCUCAAGAUUCUGAGCAUUCUGAUGGCACCAUGGCCGUAGCUGCAGGCAUUAUUGGUGAUUUAUGUGUAUGUUUUGGAGCACCCAUGCUCCCUCUGCUAGAUUUGGAACCGAUCAAUGAGAUGUUGUCUCAAGGUAGAAGAUCGAGGGUUCAACGCACAAAAGGCCUGUGUAAUUGGGCAACUAAAGAACUGAGGAAGUUGAAGAGUCAGCAGGGUGGCCAGACCACGGCUCCUGCGGCUAGUUGAUUCUGUAAUCUCCCAGUUCCAAUAUUAUCUACCAUUGGCAGCGAUGAUCAUGGUAGAACUAAAGUCGAUGGACUAACAAUGGAUGCUGCAAAUUCCGGUAUUUUUUCGCUAAAAUCCAUACCGCGAGUGCCAGAAUCGUAUCGAAAAAUAAACGGUUUCUUUCUUUUAUAAUUUGCCAAUUUUUUGAUCGUGUACUAUUUCUAUUUAGAAGUUUUUCGUCUGCUUUAUUUGUCGUAGAGAAAUUCAUGUUUUAUGGGAUUUUUUUUUCUAAAGUUUGUAAUUGUCGUUUUGAGUUGAACAAAAUAAUCGAGCUGGGCUUUUUCAAACUAUGUAAAAUAUCGUUUUAAAA